CUUCUACAAUCCAAGGGAGAUGGAAAAGGAAGCAUCUAACACCCUUUCUUCCAUACUGGAUGGAGAUCAAAAUGGUUGUUCUGCCGAGUCCUGUACAGUCGAGAGGAAGCUCAGAUUAUUUGGAUUCGAGCUGAAUCCAUAUAAGCAUAACGAGAGUAGCAUUAAAGGGUCUACCGGAGGAGAUCACGAGAGAGUGAAUUCGUCAAAUACUGCGUCAUCUGAAAGGGAAAAACCUGUCGAGGAGAAAAGCUCAAGUGCUUGUCGUGGGGCUGGUGAUAAGAAGUUCGGGUGCCAGUAUUGCUUCAAGGAGUUUGCAAAUUCACAGGCUUUGGGGGGGCACCAAAAUGCUCAUAAGAAAGAAAGAAUGAAGAAGAGAUUAUUGCAGUUUCAAGCUAGGAAGGCGAGCCUCGGCGGUUACCUUCAACCUUACCAAGAUAACCCCAGCUACAAUUAUCAAUACGGCUCAACUUGUACUUCAUGGUUCUUCGAUCCCUCCUGCUCUACUACUCCCGAGUUCACACUCCAUGAUCAGGAGUCUCAGAUUAGUUUCAAUCCACACCAAGAUUCCCAUCUGAAUGAUUCUCAGACUUCAAAGUGGGAUGCCGUUCCAGCUGAUCAGGUUCCUUUCCAGCAGCACACUCGUCACAACUUCACUUUCAGUCAUGCUGAUCAGAGAUCCAGAGAUAAGCCUUCUCCUUUGCUUGCUUCCAAGAAAGCCUGUCGUAAAUCUAUGGAUCUUCAGUUGGGCCUCAGUAUUGGUAAUAGCCCUUUGCCUUCUUGAACUCUCAAUCAACGAGAGAAAAAAACCCAACAUAGGCGUGUGACUUCAAAGAUAGCUCAUGCAUCUACAACUCAGUUCACCAUGCGAUGAAAUAGCCUCCGAUCACGAUAUGUAUUUGUACUCUGGAAAAUGGUGAAGAAUAGCUCCUAGAUUAACCGUAUACUGAAACAUUUUCAGGUUGGAAGGGUUUUUCAGGACAGUAAAAGCUUCUCAGAAUUUGGUCCGGCCAGGCGCCAUCAUUUCA